CAGAGGGCAGUGGCCUCGAACUACGUCCAGAAAACGACCGCCAGCGGAUCCCGGACCCCGCUACCUCGAGUUCGCAUAUACGGUUUUUUUUUAAGCUGCCGAUGCAUCGCCGUUCGACGCGGCCUUCGAAAUCCCAUCAAUCUCAUCCAAGUCACUGAACUUGCUGCCAUCGCAUUGCCGUGCCACAUCUCGGUGGCCCUUCUGUCGCCAUGGUUGCGCCAGCCGUGCCCGAACUGACCGAGGAGGUCCUCCACGAAGCAAUUGACGCCCGUACGGAAUCUCUGGUUUCCUUGCGCGAGCUUGGCCCUCCCGAUCUUGUGCACUUAGUCAAGCAACCUUUGCGGAGCGGCGGCAAACCAACAGGUGUCUACCACCAUGUCACCGGCGUGGAUGCCUCGUCGUCGGCUAGCCUGGCUGCCUACAUCAACACCCUAGCAUACAAGGAAUUCGGACCCUCCGCCACCAGCAAGACCCUGGAGGGCACAUACUGCUGUUAUAAUGCAUUCUCGCGAGUCGACAUGCGCGUGCAUGCGCCUUUCCCCGGGUCUGUUGAGAGCUACUGCAUCGACGAACGAGGCGAGAAGCGCAAAGCGACCGACGAACUUUGGCUGGAGACAUACGUCUGCAGCGUGCUGCGCGCAUACUCCUAUGCCGACGACGGGACGGGCGACACUAUCAGGAAGAUCGUUGGCGUCAGGCGGUUCAAUCCAGUCACUAACACCGAGACCGAGCAUCGUUUCCUCAGCGCGGCGGAGCACCUUUUCUUCAGGGGUUGGCAGCUGGGCUCGGACUCGAUCGUACAGGUGCCGAACGUCGUCUCGAACCACCUCACCUCCGGCCUUCUGAAGUACUUUCACACUACCGGCCGAUACGCCUCGGGAAUCAACCUGUUUGAGAAACUGCGAACGCAGAAUGUCGAAGUCGCAUCGCUUCUGGCCAAGGUUCUGUUCAUGGGCAACGAAGAAGUGCAGGGGAUACGCGUCUUGCACGAAGCCCUCAAACAGGCUCCGAUGGAUUAUGUCAUGCUCGACACCCAGGCUGAGUUCCUGCUCAAAAAGGCUCAGACCGCCGCCACACCCGAGCAGAAAGAGGAGAGGCUCCGCAUGGCGCUUGGCUGCGCAGACCGUAGUACCAUCGCGGCUCCCAGCGAGUUCAGGACAUGGGCCAGGUUAGCCGAGGUGUACGUGGCCAUGGAGGAUUGGGAGAAUGCCCUCACUGCCCUCAACUCGUGCCCCAUGUUCACCUACCAAGACAAGGAUGCUCCCGUCCUACCGGAGCCGAGAGACAUCCAUCUGCCUACGCUUCCAGAGACGAGGUUGGACGAGAUUGACAGCGAGCCCGAGUCGCGGUAUUCCGAGCAGGUAGACCCAAGCCUACUGAAUCUCCGCGCUGCCGCGUACAAGGGGACUUUCAAGCACGCGUACAACAUCCUGACCGAAAUGACGGCCAAGAUCGGCUGGGACCAAAUGCUGAAGAUCCGGAGCAAUGUCUUCGUCAUGGAGGAUGAGUAUCGCGAGAAGCAAGAAUCUACGAGCUACCCCAAAAACCGCAAUGCUAGCACCGAUGCUCUCCGCGGUACCCCAGAUCCCACCGCUAAUGGAGAUGCCUCGGACGCUGCGGACGAGGGAGAGAAGGAAGCAAACGGCAGCGGGGAAGAAAAGGAAGGAGAUGGCGGUUCCGCCACGCAAACGCUCUCCCCAAACGGCCGAGCUGAAGACAUCGAGAGGCCUUCGAGUGCCAUGGACCCAGACGAAGUCAAGAAGGGCGACGAAUGCAGCCCUAAGGACGACCACUUCUCGCGCCUCAACAACAAGCGCUUAUGCGAGCGUUGGCUUGACAGCCUCUUUAUGGUCCUCUACGAGGACCUGCGCGUCUACACCAUCUGGCGCACGCAGAUGGCGCAGUACCGCGCGCAGAGCAUACAGUACAAGAAGUCAGCCGAGGAGUGGGAGAUCCUCGGCUCCCUCGCCGAGCGCCUGCAGCACGUCGACGAGGCCGUCGAGGCGUACCGGGCCUGCCUCGCCCAGCGCUUCAGCCCCAAGGCGCUCGCGGGCAUCCUCAAGGUGUUUGAGAAGACCAAGGGCAGCACGCGCGACACCGUGGCCGCCACCAUCCGGCUGGUGACGUGGCAGUACCGGUGGUACAGCGAGUUCUCCCCCGAACUGCUGCACACGGUGCGCAUGCUCAUCGAGGACGAGGGCGCCGUCAAGAUCAGGAGCAUCAUCCAGGCUACGAACCUGCCGCAGAACGUGCUGGACCUGACCCACCAUUAUGCGGCGCUCUGCGCUACGUUCAGAAGCAGUGGGACGGAUGGCUAGUUUGGAGCGUGAUAAACUAGCAGUGGAGGAGGAAGAGAAGAGAGGGUAGGCGCGACGGCUCAAGGCAGAGAGAGAGGGACCUUGUGUGUUUUGUAGUUGUUGGGGAGCAAACAAAAUGCGGGAGGGCAAGCGAGUUCCUUGAGGUCAUUGUUAGGUACCUUAGUCGGCGCUUGUAAUCGGGCGUAGGGUGCUGUCAAUAGGGGUAAUAAUAACCGUCUUGUUGGUGAU